AUGUCAAGACUCUUCAGGAAGCUUUUUCUCUCCAACAGACCUGCUGGGUCAAAAGUGGCGAACCUAGAAACGAGCUUGGACCCAUCAGUGACCUUACGGAAACUGCGAAACUAUCAUGUAUCAAAGACAGAUAUAUGUCAUUACGGAUUUCUUGGAAGUGUUCUUCUCUUCGUGUUCGUAGUGAAUCCGGCUGUCUGGAUCGCUAAGAUUUCCGUGUAUUCGCUUUUCGCUGUGCUUUUCCUCGUGCCAGCCACAUCUCAGUUCUUUUUCAACGCACUUCCCAUAUUUACGUGGCUGGCGCUCUACUUCACAUCAUCGACGUUCUCCGCUGAGCACAGGCCUCCAAUAACUGUUCAAGUGCUUCCCGCUAUUGAAACCAUUCUAUAUGGAGACGACCUGAGCGACAUCUUGGCGGCUUCGCUGAAUAAGCCCUUGGAUUUUUUUGCAUGGAUUCCGUAUGGCCUUUUCCACUUUGGGGCUCCUUUCGUGGUAGCCAUAAUUCUAUUUUUAUGUGGUCCACCCACCAUAUUGAGAGGGUAUGCAUUCGCAUUUGGUUACAUGAACCUAUUGGGUGUUAUAUCACAAAACUUGUUCCCAGCUGCCCCACCCUGGUACAAACUCAUCUACGGUCUAAGCCCUGCAAAUUAUUCCAUGAAAGGCUCUCCAGGUGGUCUCGGCAGAAUUGAUAAGUAUCUGGGCCUAAAUCUCUACACGGAUGGGUUUUCGAACUCUGCUGUAAUUUUCGGAGCCUUCCCGUCACUUCAUUCAGGUUGUGCCACCAUGGAAGCAUUAUUCUUUUCCUAUGUGUUCCCUAAAUUGACCCCGUUGUUCGUUUUCUACGUGUGUUGGUUGUGGUGGUCUACGAUGUAUUUGACUCAUCAUUACUUUGUCGACCUCAUGGCGGGUUCAGUGCUCUCCUACGCCUUUUUCCAGUACACCAAGUACUUUCAUUUGCCUCUUACAGAACCUUCCGUGUAUUCUCGCUGGUCCUAUGCUGAGAUAAAGAAGUUCAGUGUGUGGUUUACUGAUCCAUUGACGUCCAAUGACAACGAUAUCGAGAACAUCAUUGUCCCCACUGGAGACCAUGAAAUUGAGCUUAAUUCACUAGAAAAUAGUGUGACGCCCUCUAUUUUCGACCACGAUAGAUCUGUGUCUCGUUCGUCCGCUACCUCAAAUGUGUCUCUGGAAGUGCAGGACGAGUUGAUGUCGUCAUCAAGACCUAACAAACAGAGAAUAGAUUGA